AUGCAGUUCGGAAAAUCAGUCGGAACUGCAUGCAGUUCGUUCGUUAUCACCAAUAUUGACGACAUGUUCGUCUUGGUUACCUUUUUCGCAGAGGCAUCCACCAGCAAAACUAUGACUCCCCUCAGGAUUAUUGUGGGUCAAUACAUUGGAUUCACGGCCAUCAUCACCAUCAGUAUGGUUGGUUUUGGCGUAUCGCUGGUACUUCCCUCUGAACCGAUUGGAUUCCUCGGUCUACUGCCAAUUCUGCUGGGACUCUGGAAUUUGUUCCAACUCCUUUUCCCGAACAAGGUAGAAGAAGCAGAAGAAACAGAAGAAGCAGAGAAAUCCAAUAUUGCUAGCAUGAAGAGCAUACUCAAAGUCUCAAUCAUCACGGUGAUGAAUGGGGGAGACAACAUCGGAACAUACAUACCGCUAUUUUCGCAAGCAAAGGGUGCAGAAAUAGCGGUAUACGUCGUCAUAUUCUACAUUUUGCUUGGAGUGUGGUGUCUUGUUGCAUACCUGGUCAUGAAGCAGAGGCAUAUUCUGCAUGUGGCUCAGAAGUAUGCGAAUGUAGUAGUACCUUUUCUCUACAUUGGCCUUGGCAUAUUCAUCAUCGUCAAGUCAUCCUGCUACCCGUGGUCCAUCGAACGCAUCGACGAUUCAAUCUCCUCACACCCAGGAAAAACCAUCAUGGCCGUUGUGACGACGGUUCUCCUUUUGGUAUGCAUCAGCGCUAUGUUAUGGUUGAAGCUGCGGAAAAAGGCGGCUGUGCCCCAUUCCAAUAAUUCAAGUACGGGUCAUGAAGCAGAAAACUUGAAUGAUAGCACUGCGGUACAGCAAGCCAAGAACUCAGUGUCGGACAACAGCAAGCCGUAA